GUUAUUCCGUACACCGACACUCCUCCGCUCCUCCCAAAGGUGUCGCAAUAUGCCGAUACUCUUCCUGGAACAGUGAUUGACUGUACAGCCAUGCUGCACCUACAUAUCAGCCUUUUGUUGUGGAUUUGGUCAAUCUUGGCGGGCGCUUUUCCCACCGAGAUCCGAACGAGCAACAAAGAGAUUUCCCAGGAAACCUUCGAAACACUCGAAGAACUCGCUCGCAUUGUCGACAUCUCCUACUGCGUCGGUACCAGUGGAAUUCAAAAGCCUUUCAGGUGUCUUAGUCGAUGUAGCGAUUUCGAAGGCUUCGAAUUGAUUACCACCUGGAACACCGGACCCCUCCUCUCCGAUUCCUGCGGCUACAUUGCUGUGUCGCAUGCUCCCUUCCGGAGACGAGUCAUCGUCGCAUUCCGCGGCACGUACUCGAUCGCCAAUACCAUUGCCGAUUUGUCCACCAACCCUGCCGAAUACGCUCCGUUCCCGUCCCAGAGCGACAACGACUCUGUUUGCGCGUCGGCUGAACCCCACGAUGGACAAGAACCUCUUCUUCCGCAACUGUUGAAACAGUCCGAGAAAAGAUCUCUAUUGGAAUCAGAAUGUGUAAACUGCACUGUUCACGCUGGGUUCAUGACCUCUUGGAGAAAUACUCGGUGCACAAUUGUCCCUCAUGUCGAGAAGGCUCUCGAUGAGAAUCCAGAUUAUGAGUUGGUCUUGGUCGGUCAUUCACUCGGCGGCGCCGUAGCCGCGCUCGCCGCAUUAGAAUUCCAAUCUCGCGGCUGGACCCCUCAUGUCACCACUUUUGGUGAACCACGCAUCGGAAAUCUCGCUCUCAACCAGUUCAUUGACAAACGCUUCAAUCUGAACGCCACAGGUCCCGAGCAAGCCUUAUAUCGCAGAGUCACGCACGCAAAUGACCCUGUGCCUCUGCUACCGUUGGAAGAAUGGGGCUAUCGAAUGCACGCUGGCGAGAUAUACAUUUCAAAGUCGUCGUUACCUCCCGGUCGAGCCGAUCUGCACCGUUGCCAGGGUGAUGAAGACCCAUCUUGCAUUGCCGAUGGAGGCACGACAUCGGACGAGAUAGAUCUCGACGGUGCUGAUGGGGAGGAUACGCCGAACGAGUCAAAGAUCAAGACCAUGUGGGGCAUCGGCCGCCGUUAUAGACUCUGGGAAUUGUUCUUUGCGCAUCGGGAUUAUUUCUGGAGACUAGGUCUCUGUGUUCCAGGAGGGGAUCCUUGGGAUUGGUCAAGAGGCAAAUAUAAUGUGAGCGUGAUGAAUGACGAGCUAUGAUUUUGGUCACCAUGAGGGCGGUCACUUUGUCUCAAAAGCAUGGCGUUGGUACAGGUUAAGUUGUUUCUAGUUUUGCUGUUUGUUCCUAAAAUACGAGACGUUAAUUUUACAUUACUACCUUUAGUACGAAGUAAAUCAAGUGCUCAUACUGAGUGUUCUUCGAUUCUCCAUUGCCAAACCUAUAUCAGAAAAGCAUCUCUUCUAUCUUGAGCUUGUACUCGCUAUCGUCCGUAGGACGAAUAGCCGCGAGUCUCACUCGAGCAAAUCUCCCGGUAUCUCGAUUUGGCGAUCAAACAAACGAUUCACCGCGUCAACGGAACCAACUUUGACGGGGUUGUCCAACUUCCAGAGGCCCAUUAUGUUGGCAGCGUGGACGUAGUAAGGUCCGUAGGCGAAGUACUUUCUUGUGUCGGUCGCGGCCGCGGCAGCCCGGGCUUCCCUGUACUUCUGGAGCAACUCUUCCGCCGUCCCCAGGGAUCUGAGGGUGACCUUCUGGCCGGUGUUCUCCUCGUACGCCCUCGCCACGUCCAGGGCACUUGCCGCAGCCGAGUGGACGCGGAACAUUCCACCUUGGCCGGCCAGGACGCUCGGGUUCGUCGUGACCAAGUCGAUGCUGAACCGGGCCGCGUCGUCCAGGUACGUGAAAUCCCACUUGGCGGUGCCGUCGCCGUAGUACGACAUUACGGCGGUCUUACCGUCGUUCUCGUGCUCCUCCUCGACGUGCGCGAUCCCCACCACCUUGCUGGCCGCGAAUUCUCCAAUGAUUCCCGUGAAGGUGUACACAGGUUGGAGGGUCGAGGUGAGCUCGACGUGCCGGCGGAAGGAAAUGUAUGCGUCGUAGUGCUCCCAGUCGCCCAGGCUGGUCUUGGACCAGU